GAGCUGACUCCUGAGUCUCUUCCUUCUCAACGGAAGCUGAGAGGCCGAGAGCUGAGACUUCACUCCAACCAAGGCCAUCUCUUCCAUCUCCGAAACCCUAACCCGCCUUCCGUACAGUUCCGGCUCGUCCGAGUUUGAGUGAUGGCGAGCAAUCCCUCGGAAGCUCCAGCGGACGAUUUUCUCGAGCAAAUCCUCGGAAUUCCCACCUACCCCGCAGCUGACCCUAAUUUGGCUGCUAAUGACGUGAAUUUGGCCGCUCCUAUGGUGCUUCAGCUCGGCUCCGGCGAAGGCUCUGGCCACAUCGCCGGCGGGUACCAGGGAACCAUGUUUCCGUUAGGGUUGAGGUUGGAGCAGGGAAAGAGCAGCUUUCUGAAGCCCGAAGACGCGUCUGGCAGUGGCAAGCGCUUUCGUGAGGAGGUUAUUGAUGGUAGAGCUUCUACCGUGAAAAAUGCUUUCCAUGGUCAACCAAUGCAGGCUACCGUUGCUGCAGCACCACAUCCUCCUGCAAUUCGCCCAAGGGUGCGGGCGAGACGUGGACAGGCCACAGAUCCACACAGCAUUGCUGAGCGGUUACGCAGAGAAAGAAUAGCAGAGAGAAUUAGAGCACUGCAGGAACUAGUUCCUAGUGUCAACAAGACGGAUAGAGCUGCAAUGCUUGAUGAAAUUGUGGAUUAUGUGAAAUUCCUAAGGCUCCAAGUAAAGGUCUUGAGCAUGAGUAGAUUGGGCGGAGCUGGUGCAGUUGCACCACUUGUAACAGACAUUCCAUUAGCAUCAGUCGAGGAAGAAGCAAGUGAAGGGGGAAGAAAUGAACCGGCAUGGGAGAAAUGGUCAAACGACGGUACAGAACGACAAGUUGCUAAGCUCAUGGAAGAGAAUGUUGGGGCUGCAAUGCAGUUCCUUCAGUCCAAGGCACUCUGCAUCAUGCCCAUCUCUCUCGCUUCAGCCAUUUACCACUCUCAGCAGCCGGACACAACUCCACUGAUCAAGCCCCAGACAAAUCCCCCAUCGUAAAACCUCUCCCCACUCCCAAAAAAAAAAAAAAAGGUAACACAUCUCAUUACCCCGUCCAAAUUUUCUCUAAAUGCGCCAUUGGCCCCACAACAUAAUCGCAUAGCCAGUCACUCCCUCUUAAUUGCAAUCGAAGUCAGAUGCCAUAGUCCCCAACUUUUUUUUUGUUACCUUUAUAUCAGCUUUGUCAAAACAGGGUUUGAUGUUAUGCUCUUAAAAAAAAAAAAUGCAUAUCACACCCUUAACGUCUUGUUUGAGUUGGAGUAAAAGGGAGAAUUUUCAAAGCUCCAAUAGAUUGAUGUGGUCUUCCUUUUUGUAUCAGCCAGUGGGGGGAGUAGUGGUGGAUGAGGAAAGCACUUUUGUAGUGGGGGGUGUGGUCUCAAAGACUCAAAAUAUUUUGGUAGUGGGUGGUGGGACCUUGUAAAAGGGAUAGAUGGAUAGAUAGGUAGAUUGUUAAUGUUUUUAAUAUGUUUAUGAAAUUGUAAUGUAUCUUGAGAGCGAAUGAAAUGCAGAUUGUGGGAAGA